AUGCACCUCGACAAGUCGACGCCGGCGGCCGUCGCGCCGUCCACGGCGUACGUUGCCAUGCUGCCGUACGCCUAUACGACGAACGACGUCGCGCAGCUGUUUGCGCCGUUCGGAAAGCUCGCGCGCGUGCUCGUGCUUCGGGACAAGCAGUCGCGUCGCAGUCGGGGCGUCGCUUUUGUGCAGUUUGCCCGAGCCAGUGACUGUGUUAAAGCUGUAGCCAUUAUGGACCAGAAACUAGUAGAAGGGAUGACGCUGCACGUGUCGCUGAGUCGGGACAAUGGAAGGUCGGACGAGUUCAAGAAGAAGCGCAAGUACACGACGGCCAAGCGCUGCUUCGAGUGCGGCGAGUUCGGGCACGUGUCGUACGAGUGUCCACGUAAUGUAUUGGGCCGUAGGGAGCGACCUGUGACGACGACUAGUGGACACAAGAGCAGCAGGCAGAAGCUCAAGAAGAAGAAGAAGAUGUCAGAUUCGCAUGAACUCGGGAGCUGUCGCAACGACCAGGAGGUCACGGACAUGCUGACGCCAUCUACAGACCUGGAUGAUGCAGAUGUGUCGAUCUCGCUGCUCGCGUACCCAUCUGCAGCUCCUUCAUCUUCAGCAGUCGAAACAAGGAGAACGACAUCUGUAGCUUGUGCAUCUGCGCGAUGGCGGCCGCAACGAAAACGUGGUGGUUAUUUCAGUGACGAAGACGCGAGCGACACCGAGUGA